AUGUUGACAAUAAACUUAUUUUUACACGCAGUGGACGGAAAUUGGGCUCCAUGGUCAUCAUGGACAUCAUGUGACGUCACUUGUGGAUCAGGCUAUUUGUUACGACAUCGGACUUGUACAAACCCAGCACCACAAAACGGAGGCAUUGAUUGUCCGGGGAAUGGAACCGAACUUAAGACAUGUCAACUCAAAUUAUGUCCAGUGCAUGGUGGCUGGAGUUCAUGGGAUGUCUGGGGAGAAUGUUCAGCAACAUGCGGUAUAGGAAUGCAGAGUCGAAAACGGUCUUGUACCAAUCCAACUCCAGACCGUAUCGGAGAUCACUGUUUUGGAAACAAUAUCGAAGAUACAUUUUGUAACACUGGAUCUUGUGCAAUAAAUGGCGGCUGGAGUGAUUGGAUGCAAUGGGGGAAAUGCUCGGUAACCUGUGGCGUAGGACUUCAAAGUCGUGUUCGGUCGUGUACAAAUCCAACUCCUGCAAAUGCUGGAGAACAUUGCAUUGGGCAAAAUUAUGACGUUAAACUGUGUUAUAAUGACAUAUGUUUAGAUGAGGAUUGCUAUGCCAUCAAGAAGCGUAGAGGCAAACAACAAAGUGGAAUUUAUAACGUACGUCUUUGGAACACAAGUCGAGUUAUACCUGUGUAUUGUGACUUUGAUACAGAUACGGGAGGAUGGACGGUUUUUCAAUAUCGAUUCAAUGGAAGUGUUGAUUUCUACAGGAACUUCAGAGAAUACGAAAACGGCUUUGGUUCUUUAGACGGCGAAUUUUGGUUAUGUCUUAGAAUUAUCUACGAAAUGGUGUCUCAAGGAAAAACAGAGUUAAGACUAGAUCUCACAGCGGCUGGUGGAGAACAUGUAUACGAAACAUUCCAGAACUUUCGUCUUAGUGAUGGUCCUUAUUAUACUCUACAUAUUGACAAGGGAGUCGGAACCGCAGGUGAUAAUAACAAUGGAUUGUCAUACCACAAUGGACAACAUUUCACCACCUACAACAUUGACAGGGACAAACAUAGCUUGAAUUGUGCUGUCGUGCAACAUGGUGGUUGGUGGUACAAUUUUUGUUCAUACGUUAAUCUCAACGGAAAAUAUGUAACUCCAGGCACAACGAAAAACUGCAAACUAAUGUGUAGCAUGUACUAUUAUCAAUUUAAAGCUUAUUAUUCAUUAAAAAUAUCAAAAAUGAUGUUUCGACGAAUAUAGUCACAGCUUUCUUAAUGUCGAAGAACAAUACCUCCGUAAGCUUGAUUAUAUAUCUAAAUUUCUCUUAUAACACAAAACAAUUUCAAUUUACAAAUAUUUGAAUUGAUUUGAAACUAUAUGUGUGUUGGUUGCUUGAUCACCUCAAUUCGUAAAUCUAUUUGGAUAUGAUUUAAUCAACAAAAAUACACGCCAGACAACAUAUUCUGAUACUGGGUUUUGCUUGAUGUUCGACAUUAAAUGUUGGUUGAUUGGUUAUCGUUUUCUAUUCUUUCAAAUGUCACUGUUAAAUUAGGA